GUCACUGGAAUAAUGGAGGACUGUCUUUUCUACCCGGACUGAUGAUGUCUGUAUUUCUACUCUACUACCUGUGACCUGAGAAAAAACAACUCGUCUACAUUUCAGCGUGUAGUCGAGGUCAUAGUAACAGUCCCAAGAUGACCACAGACACGCCAGCCCAAAGUGUGGGCUCAAGGAUAAUGACGUUCACCCCGUCCAAAGAGGAGUUCAAGGACUUCAGCCGAUACAUUGCCUAUAUGGAGUCACAAGGAGCACACAAAGCUGGAAUGGCAAAAGUUAUUCCACCUAAAGGCUGGAAACCCAGGCGGACAUACGAUGAUAUAGAUGACCUGGUGAUUCCUGCUCCCAUUCAGCAGGUGGUGACCGGCCAGUCAGGCCUCUUCACACAGUACAACAUCCAGAAGAAGCCAAUGACCGUCCAUGAGUUCCGCAAGACCUCCAACAUGGACAAGUUCUGUAAUCCCCGAUAUGUGGAUUUUGAGGAGCUGGAGAGGAAGUUCUGGAAGAACCUGACCUUCAACCCUCCCCUUUAUGGAGCUGAUGUCAGUGGAACCCUCUAUGAUCCAGAUGUGACUGAGUGGAACAUUGGCCAUCUCAACACCAUUCUGGAUACUGUGGAGAAUGAGAGCGGGAUUAAGAUCAAAGGAGUCAACACACCAUACCUCUACUUUGGGAUGUGGAAGAGUGCCUUCGCAUGGCACACUGAGGACAUGGAUCUGUACAGCAUCAACUACCUUCACUUUGGAGAACCGAAGUCCUGGUAUGUCGUCCCCCCUGAGCAUGGGAAAAGACUUGAACGACUUGCCAAGGGUUUUUUUCCAGGGAAUGCUCAGAGCUGUGAAGCCUUCCUGCGCCACAAGAUGACUUUGAUUUCACCCUCAAUCCUGAAGAAAUACGGCAUACCGUUUGAGAAGGUCACUCAGGAGGCUGGGCAGUUCAUCGUGACAUUCCCAUUUGGCUAUCAUGCUGGUUUUAACCAUGGCUUCAACUGUGCUGAGUCCACCAACUUUGCCACCCAGCGGUGGAUUGAUUACGGCAAACAGGCAACACUGUGUUCGUGCCGUCAGGACAUGGUGAAGAUCUCCAUGGAUGUGUUUGUACGCAAGUUUCAGCCUGACCGCUACAAGCUGUGGAAGGCAGGAAAGGACAACGCUCCUAUCGACCACUCCAAGCCCACACCAGAGGCUGCUGGGCUUCUGAAAGAAGACAAGACCGAGCCUUCAAAAGAGAGUCCCACUGAAACUGGAUCGGAGGAGCCCCCAACCCCUGUCCAGGAGGACAGAAGCCCAAAGCCUCAGACUGGGACAAAGCGUCAGCUUCAAUCUGUUGAAGCCUCUGAAGAUGUCAAACCUGACCUGACCAUGAAGGAGACAGAGGAGGUGGAGCCAAAGAAGGCCAAGUUGACCCGCACAGAGUCUCCAACUAAAGUCCCUGUGAAGCCAGAUAAAGACACAGUGAAAGUCAAACCAGAGCCUAAGAAGGAGAAGGACGCCAAGCCGCAGUCUAAAUCUCAGUCCAAAGCCAACACUAAGAAAACAUCAAACAGACGAAGCCCGUCAAAAAAAGAGAAGAAUGGCGUGUCAGCAGCAGGCCCUCCUGAGCCUGCUGAAAGUCAGGUGGUAGCUCCGUGCUCUGAGGAGGUGGGCGGCAGUGAGGAGCCCGAGCUGGGCAGCAGCUGCAGCCCAGCACACAAACUGUUUCACAGGACGCUGAGCCCUGCUGAUGUCCUGCAUGUCCACAGCUACGCCAAAGGAGACUACGGAGAGGGAGAAGCCCCACCCAAAGAAGAGAAGAAGACUGAUGGCAGUGACAACGAGAUAGAGAAAGUCAUCAGACAUGUCAGCAAAGCACAGGGGGCAGAAGAGCUGACUGGAGAUGGAGAGCUAGAGAGUGAUCUGGGACAGCUGCCGGGCCACCACCCGCUCAUAAAGGACGGCAUGAGUGAUGAAGAGGCCCCAGAGGAGGCCCCCCCAGUAGAGGAGGGCGGUCUGGAAGGGGAGGGCUGGGCCAAACCUCUGGCUCACCUGUGGCAGAGCAGACCUCCAAACAUGAAGAAAGAGAGAGAGUACAACCAGCGCAUGGGCUCCAAACCUCCAUACUGCUCCAUCUGCAUGCUGUUCCACACAUACCAGCAGACUGAAUGUGCAAACAGUGCAGUCAGUCCUGUCAUGGCAGCCGGCGGGCGGAUGCGGACCAAGCCUCUGAUCCCAGAGAUGUGCUUCACCACCACCACAGAGGAGGACUCAGAGUGUGAGGAGCAGCCUAUCACACCUCACCUGGAGGAAGACGGAACCAGCCUCCUCAUCACCUGCUCUCAGUGCAGCGUCCGGGUCCACACCAGCUGUUAUGGUGUAGAUCCAGCCAGUGUGAGCAAGGAGUGGAAAUGUGCACGCUGCAAGGCCAACGCCAUGACGGAGAACUGCUGUUUGUGUUCGCUGAGGGGUGGAGCCUUGCAGAAAGCCAACAACAACAAGUGGGUACAUGUGCUGUGUGCGGUGGCUGUGCUAGAGGCUCGCUUUGUCAGCAUCACUGAAAGAAGUCCUGUGGAUUUAAGUGGAAUCCCUUUGCAGAGAUUUAAACUGAAAUGUUACUACUGUAAGAAGAGGAUGAAGAAGGCGUCGGGCUGCUGCGUUCAAUGCUCUCACGGCCGCUGUCCCACUGCCUACCACCCCACCUGUGCCCAGGCUGCUGGAGUCCUCAUGCAGCCAGACGAAUGGCCCUUUGUGGUGCAUGUCACCUGCUGUCGACACAAAGGCCCCACUCAGAUUGAGCGUAAUAAAGCAGCCAUGCAUGAGCUGACUGUGGGACAGAAGGUGAUCUGCAAGCACAAGAACGGCCGCUACUACCAGUGUGACGUGGUGCAACUGUCCAAAGAGACCUUCUAUGAAGUCAACUUUGAUGAUGGCUCUUUCAGCGACAAUCUUUUCCCCGAAGACAUUGUGAAUCGGGACUGCGCCCAGCUCGGACCUCCACCUCAGGGUGAAGUGGUUCAGGUGCGAUGGACAGAUGGCCUGGUGUAUGGGGCCAAGUUUGUGGCAGCUCAUGUCAUCCAAAUGUACCUGGUGGAAUUUGAGGAUGGUUCGCAGCUAACAGCCAAGAGAGAUGAUGUCUACACUCUGGAUGAGGAACUCCCAAAGAGAGUCAAAUCCAGACUGUCUAAAGCGUCAGACAUGAGAUUUGAUGGGAUCUUUGAAGAGAAGGAGAUCAUCCAGGAGUCAAAGAGACAGAGAGUGAUCAACUCGCGUUACAGGGGGGACUACAUAGAGCCUGUGAUUUACAGAGCCAUCAUGGAGUAGCCCUCACUCCCUGUCUGCUCACCCACACACCACCAGCACUGACAGACUGGAACUGUGCUCACUGUACCUUAACUUAGCAGCUAGCCACUGAGAGAGUGUAGCUCCAGAUGACUUCCUUCAGGACCUGCUUUGGACUGUUUUUCAUUUUUUAUGUCUCAUUCAUCCAUCUUUGAUAAGUCAAAUAGAAUUCUGUUUGCUUAGUUUGACUGCGAUCAAGGAAACAGCAGUAUUUUCAUUUUAGUUUUGCAUAGGAUUCCACACCAUAGUGCAGUAGGCUGACGUGCAGCCCUGGCAGUACAUAACAGUAGGAAGCAAUAUAAAAAUGGCAUUUGUACAAUAAAGUCACGUUUUGACUGUAGGGCACCAAUGAAAGAAAGCAGGUGUAAAACUAUUAUCUACAGUAAUGUUAAAUGAACAGCUCUUUACUAAACAUUUCAAUGAACUCUGCCACUCUAGUGUUUACCUCGAUUUAAAGGAUAAUAUCAGCAUCAUUUUAUUAAUUUUCAUGUUGCCGUUAGUGCCUAUAAUACAAAGCCCGCAGCUAUCAAAGAGAAACCUUUUGAUUAAUAUGUAUUCUUAUAUUUGAGGUGAUUUGUGAAUUCAAAUUGAGCCUUCAAAUAACUGAAUUAAUUUCCUUAAAUUAAUCUUAUUGUCUUCAUUCCAUUUGUCCCUUUUAUCUCCAACCCCAAAGUUUUUGCCCAAAUUAUUAAUUUAACAAUAUAAAGUUCUAUAUUUACCAAAACUGUUACCCCGUAUACCAGCCAGGCUACUCUGAAGAGGCUAAACUAGAGUUCUGCACUAGAUGAAAACUGAAGCCAAUCCUGGUCUGUACUUGCAUCUUUAAGACCCGACUGAAUCCAACUUGCCACAACAGUCAGAUUAACCAGUUAGGGGGAAACACUCUUGGCACAUAGAAGAAGAAUAAGAAGAAUAUACCUCAACCCUGUGAUGUAACUGAGUGGUGCAAAUUCCCUGACAAAUUUGCGAGUAAUCAAAUGAACAUAGUGAUAACAGUGAGCCUGGGGUUUUGGGGGUCACUGGGGCCCCAGAGCCAUUGACAGCUUUGCCCAGUUGGUGAUCCAGCAUUGCUGACUGGUACUGCCAAAUGUGAGACCCAAACCUGAUCCAAAACCUGAAACUAUAUUUCACUUUUUUGUCCUAAAUUACUGACUGUUAGCUCGUCUGACUAAAUUAGCUACACGCUGUCUCGCUCCCUCUUCCCAUCUAUCUAUUUGCAACACAUGGAUGCAUGCAAUUGGAAAAGUAAGAGAGAAAUUUCAUCAUAAAUCACAUUUGAAAAUUACCAAACCUGACCCGAGCCUGAAGCUUUACACAUCAACAACAGCUGGAACCAAAAGGGCCUGAAAGGUUCAGGUAGCAGAACUCUUGGAUAACCUCACCACUGACAUUUCCACUCAGCAGCUUUAUUUACAUGCUUAAAACUCCCAUUGUCCUCACAAAACUAAAUGACACACAUAUUUUUCUUAGCACACGUUCUGCUACAAUCUUUAGAUUCUUCUUUAAUAGGCAUAAAUCAGAAAACUAAAUUGCACUGGUAUUAUCCUUUAAUUAAAGGAAUACUUCACCCAGAAUGUUUGUGUUGGUCAGCUACUUGACUCUGAUAGCCUGGAAUGACACACAGAAUGUUUGUACUGGCAAUCCUUCACAAAAACGGAAAUGACAGCCUUUUCUUGACAGUAGGUUCUUUUUUAACAACAGGAAAAAAAAGCAGCAACACAAGUGUUAAGUGUUCUGGCCCAGGUGGCAGAAAUACAUGAAAAUACAUGUUUGAGUAGAGUUGGGUAUUGUUUGGCAUUCUUCAAUACUAGCGCAGGUACAAUACCUGAGUUUUGUUACCAAUACUGAAACAGACCACCCCAAGCCUUGAAAGAUGAUAUGAAUUUAUCUUUUCUUUUUGUUUGUUUCCUAUAAAACCAUUUUUUCAUUUAUCAAAAGAAGCAAAAGUCCUCCAAUGUUAAACUCAAGCAGGGGUUCCAAGCUCUUUGCUUCAAUUUCAGUCUAAAGUUUGCUUUUUGGUUGCUUUUCAUUCAUAGUGAAACUCAAAGUGCUACAGUAUUAAUAACAUAAAACACACAAUAAGUAAACAAGAUUACAAAUCUGACCAGAUAUUCACUGACAGCUUUUUUGUACUUGAUAAGAAUUGGUUGAGCUUGGAAAUUCAUUCUUGACCUUAGGAUCAGUGGUGUCAGAAAAAAAUGACUUUUUCUGGGCUUUCAACCACAGUUUGAAGCUCUGUGGAAUCUAGCAAGUGGCCUUUGAGUUGAGAUUAUUCUAUAAUGCAUAAAUCUGUUAUUUCAAAAGUUUGACCAAGAUAUGUAUUGAGCCGACCCUGACGUUUUACAGUGUAACAUCUUCUUGUCAGAGCUCUUUGCUGGACAGACUGUAAUGUUCUAAAUGACCUCAAACAUAUCUUUGAUAUUUCUUAUUGGCUGGCAUGUACACUAAUACCAGUAUAUCAGUGUUAUGCUAUAUACAUCACAGAUAUCCAUCUGAUAAUAUGCAGUGUAUCUGCAUCCACUGAUAUUCUAGUCUAGUGUUUGGGGGACACAGUGGAAUACAGCAGCUUGCCAUGAGUCAUUUCAAAGUUUUUACAUAAUAUGUUUUGAUUCUUUUAUUGUCCCGCUGUUGUUUGAAAGAAUCUCCUUACAACUUCUUUGUGUCAACAGUUACAUUAGAUUGUCCGUUUUCUGAGAAGGAAUGCGAAUAUAAACUUUUUCACCCAGUAUUCCACGCUACAUGGAUAUUACAAACUUUACAAAGAUGACCAUAUAUGGAUGAAGUAUGUCUUUAAGUGGGAGUAAUACCAUUUAAUCCACUGAAUAUGCUUCCUGUUUAACAAUAACAUGAACUGCAUUCCUUUCCAUUUAAUUUAGUAGAAGUGAAUAUAGCUUUUACAUGUUGACUUGUUUUUACCAGCCUAUUUAUUAAGAUGCUUUGAGAAAGUCACCUCUACAGUCUGCAGUAAUGCUGCAGAGGUUGAGGUGGAUGAUGUAUGUUCUAUUUUUUCUACAGUAUAGAGAUGAAUUUUAAAGAAUCCAUUCAGAUUUUUAAUGCCCUUUGUCUACUCAGUUGUUUCCUCACUCUUCUACUGAAAGUUGUGCAUUGCACUUUUAUUUAAGUCCAGUUUGCAAGGACAUUUGAAUAGUUGGGUGCUGCCAUUGCUAAUUUGUUAAAAAUCUGUUUUAGAAUGUUAAAUGUACAUUUCUAAGAUGUCUUAUGGAUUGUGCGCCCCUCCCUCUUGGCCAAGCUCAUUGAUCACAUUGCACUUGUUACUAGGACAAGGUGGCCUUCAAUGUCCAUCAUUUGCCUGUGAACUUGUUCUUGUUGUAGUGUGAGACUGCAGACAGAGGAACGCUAGUUCUAUAGUUAGUUGUUACCAGUUCUGAGACCAUGCUUUCAUCAGUCCAGUGGAGAAUGGAUUUCUAUCAUUCAGAAAGUAUCAAGAGUUGUACAUGGGGAGGGGGGAUUUUCUAUUCUAUUUUAUUGCAUUGUUUUGUAAAACAUGUUCUAUGUGUAUUUUCACAGAAACCUGUGAAGUGUAAAUGUCAUGUAGUCUAUUUUAAGAUGUUACCUGUUGACACAGGAGAUGAGCUGUCCGUUCUUGUUGUCUCCUCCUGAAGAGAAAUAACUCAACUUCCAGAUUAUCAUUCAAGCAUUUUGUAAAAUUCAUUUGUUUGUUUCAGUAAAGAAAUUUGCUUCAGCUUUA